GUCCAGAACUCCAGCUUUGUUCCGAACUUCCAGAGAGACGCGUCUGCGCCGUGACUCCACAGGACGGUGCGCGCGCUCAGCUCUGCAGCGCUGAAUGAACUUCACCUGGACGGAGCUUCACUUUCUUCAUCGCUGUGGAGUAAAAACUUUUAGAGCUUCUUCCGUCCUGAAAGUGCAGCUCUGGAUGUCCUGCAGGGAAACUUUUCUCUUUUUUCCUCGAGGAUUUUGUUGCGCAGCUGGAUAAAAGUUGGUCUCUUUUAUUUGCGCCUGUUUGCUGCAGGACUUUGUGGAUUCUGCAGGACUUUGUGGAUUCUGCAGGACUYUGUGGAUUCUGCAGGACUCUGUGGAUUCUGCAGGACUCUGUGGAUUAUUCGGGAUGCUUUAGUGGACUGGAUGCGCCGGAGGCACGGACCGUGUCUGACUGACCACCAUGGCGCACGCAGGUCGGCUCCAUCGCAUCUUCCUGCUCCUGAUCUGGACCCUGUCUCGGUGCGCAGCGUCCGGCCAGAUCCGGCAAGAGUUCCAGGUCCUGGAGGAGCAGCCCGUCGGGACCUACGUGGGCAGGAUCGAGACCAGGACCAGCUUCACGUACCGCUUCAGCGAGAACCACAAACUUUUCUCCAUCAACGGCUCCACGGGGGUGAUCUCCACCUCGGCGGUGAUCGACAGGGAGGUGCUGCUGAGUGAUGUCAUUAACGUGGUGGUGCUGUCCAGCCAGCCCACCUACCCCACCGAAGUCCGGAUCGUGGUUCUGGACAUGAACGACAACUCUCCGGUCUUUCCGGACGCCUCCAUCGUGGUGUCCUUUAAGGAGGACGCCAGCAGCGGGAGGCAGGUGAUCCUGGACACGGCCACGGACUCGGACAUCGGGACCAACGGAGUAGACCACACCACCUACAGGAUCGUGAGGGGCAAUGAGCAGAGGCGGUUCCGCCUGGACAUCACGGUCAACCCCAGCGGGGAGGGGGCUUUCCUGCACCUGGUCUCCACGGGGGGCCUGGACAGAGAGGUGACCCCGUUUUAUCAGCUGCUGAUCGAAGUGGAGGACAAAGGAGAGCCCAAAAAGUUUGGCUACCUGCAAGUAAACGUCACCAUCCAGGACAUUAAUGACAACCCCCCCAUGUUUGAGCUGGACCAGUACCAGGCCAGUGUGUUUGAGGAUGCAGCAGUGGGUUCCAGCAUCCUGCAGGUCACAGCGUCAGACCAGGACGAGGGGGCCAACUCUGAAAUCAGGUACUUUUUAGAUGAGGGGACGCCGUUCCAAAUCGACCCCAAAGCCGGCACCAUUAUAAUAAAAGAGGGUUUGGAUUAUGAAAGCAAAAAAGAGUACUCCCUGACCAUUCACGCCGUAGACAACGGGGUUCCCGCCCUGUCAGGCAGAACUGAAGCCACCAUAAAACUUUUAGACGUGAACGACAACGACCCUGUUGUGAAGUUCAGGUACUUCCCCACGACCUCUAAAUUUGCCUCCGUCGAUGAAAACGCGUCGGUCGGGUCCGUCGUGGCUUUGCUCACCGUCUCGGACGCAGACUCCCCAACGGCCAACGGCAACAUUUCGGUUUCAAUCUUAGGGGGCAACGAGCAGAGGCACUUCGAGGUGCACACGUCUCCCGUGCCCAACCUGAGCCUGAUCAAAGUGGCCAGCAUCUUAGACCGGGAGAGGAUCUCCUCCUACAACCUGACCGUGUCGGUGUCCGACAACGGCAAACCCGUGGCCAGGUCAUCCUUCGCCAGUUUAGUUAUUUUCGUGAACGACAUCAACGACCACCCCCCAAUAUUUCAGGAAACGCUGUACAGAGUAGACAUCAGCGAAGACAUACCAACAGGCAGCUAUAUUAAAGGGGUUUCUGCAACAGAUGGUGAUUCUGGGCAGAACGCCAAUCUGCGCUACUCGCUGGUGUCUGGAAACACUUUGGGCUGGUUCUCCAUCAUUGAGAACAGCGGUCUGGUUACCAGCGCUGCAUUGCUGGAUCGGGAAAUAGCGUCUGAAAUUGUGCUCAACAUCAGUGCCAAAGACCAGGGGCUGCAGCCCAAGAUCUCCUACACCAAACUGAUAAUCAACAUCACAGACGUGAACGACCAGGUGCCCACGUUCACCCAGAGCACCUAUCACGUGUCUCUGGUGGAGCAUGCUCCUGUUGGCACCGAGCUGGUGCUGCUUUCCGCCUCAGACGACGACCUCGGGCCCAACGGCACGAUACGGUUCUCGUUUGAUGCUGAAACGCCACCUGCCGUCCGGGAGCUGUUCCGCCUGGACGCCGCUUCGGGCCGACUGAGCACAGCCGCCGAGCUGGACCGGGAAGAGCGUGGCUCGUAUUUGCUCCACAUCCACGCUGCAGAUGGGGGCAGUCCUCCUCUGCACUCCGUGGGGAAAGUCAACAUCACUCUUUGGGACGUCAACGACAACAGGCCCGUUUUCUAUCCGGUGCAGUAUUUUGCCAACGUGAAAGAAAAUGAACCCCCGGGUUCUUAUGUCGCAACCGUUUCAGCCACGGACCCUGAUUUAGGCCGUAACGGCACUGUCAAAUAUAUAAUUACAGCCGGGGAUGCUUCUAAAUUCCRCGUUAACAGCAACACGGGGAAAAUCACUACUCUAGUGCCCUUAGAUAGAGAGGAGAAAACUGCCUACCAGCUGCAGGUGACGGCGGCAGAUGGGGGAGGCCUGCGCUCCAACACCCAGGCCAUUGUGACCAUAACCGUUAUAGACACGCAGGAUAACCCGCCGGUCUUUGCUCAACGCGUUUACAGCUUUGUUAUGUUUGAAAACGUGGCAGUGGGGACGAUCGUAGGGGUAGUGUCGGCCACCACCGUUGAUCUGAACACAAACAUUUCAUAUCUGAUCACCUCGGGGGAUCAGAGGGGGCUUUUUGCUGUAAACGGCGCAGGUCAGAUUGUAGCGUCCAGUCAGGUGGACCGUGAGGAGAGAGGGUUUUAUCAGCUGACGGUUGUAGCCAGAGCGGGGGAGAUCACAGGUGAGGCGUUCGUUAACAUAACGGUGAAGGACCUAAAUGAUAACGCUCCUCGUUUUAUGCACUCCGUGGAGCACGUGAGCGCCGUAGAAAACUGGAUCACGGGUCACGUGAUAUUCCAGGCCAAAGCGUCGGAUCCCGACGAAGGUCCCAAUGGUGUGGUGGUCUACAGCCUGAGAGAAAACCCCAAAGGCCUGUUCCACAUCCAUGAGAAGCAUGGCCUGAUCACGCUGACCGGACCGCUGGAGGUCACAACUAGCUCCUAUGAGAUCGAAGUGGUGGCGUCGGACAUGGGCGUCCCCCAGCUCACCUCCAGCCUGGUUCUCAUAGUCAGCGUUUACGAUGUCAACGACAACUCGCCCGUCUUCAGCCAGCUUUCUUAUGAGGUCAUCAUCCUGGAGUCUGAGUCUGUCAACAGCAGGUUCUUUAAAGUAGAGGCUACAGACAAAGACGCUGGACUUAAUGGGGAGAUCAUGUAUGACAUCACUGGUGGCAACAUGCGGGACAUGUUUGGCAUUUUUCCCGAUGGGCAGUUAUACAUCAAAGCAGAGCUGGACAGAGAAAUACAGGACAGUUACGACUUGGUAGUGGUGGCCAAAGACAGGGCUGUGGAGCCCCUGAGCGCCUCGGUCAACGUCAGCGUGAUCCUAGAUGACGUGAAUGACAAUCGUCCUCUCUUUAACAGCACCAAUUAUGUGUUUCAUUUUGAGGAGGAGCAGAAAAGGGGGUCGCUCGUUGGACAAGUUUUCGCUGAGGAUAAAGACUUUGGCCCGAACAGCGAGGUCAGAUACACGUUUGAGACUCCGCAGCCCAACUUUGAGCUGAACGCCAUCACGGGGGAGUUGACCAGCACUCUGCAGCUGGACCGUGAGUCUCUCAUGAGACAGAGAGGCGCCGCUGUGUUCAGCUUUGUGGUUGUCUCAUCAGACCAGGGUCUCCCCAAGCCCCUUAGAGACCAGGCCAAAGUGCAAGUUUACAUCCAAGACAUCAACGACAACCCGCCCAAGUUCACUAAAGACAUUUACCAGGCCUCCAUCUCGGAGUUGGCCCAAAACAUGACUCAGCUGCUGCGAGUCUCUGCCUCGGAUGUGGAUGAGAACAAAAACGGACUGGUUCGUUAUCAUAUCACCGAAGGCAAUGAGGAGGCCCAGUUUGUGAUCGAUGGCAGCUCUGGACAGGUGACUCUAGUUGGAAAGCUGGAUUAUGAAACCACGUCGUCUUAUUCCUUAAAAAUUGUUGCUUUUGAUGCUGGAGUGGUGCCUCUGUCCUCCUCCUGCAUGCUGAGUAUAAGCGUCCUGGAUGAAAAUGACAACUCCCCCUCCUUCCCUAAAGCCUCGCUGUCCGUGGACGUCCUCGAGAACAUGAGGAUCGGGGAACUGGUGGCCUCCGUGACUGCCACGGAUGCUGAUUCAGGUCAGAACGCAGACAUAACGUACAGCAUCACCGCCACAAACAAUCAUGGGACGUUCAGCAUCAGCCCCAACACCGGCAGCAUUUUUCUGGUUAAAAAGCUGGACUUUGAAACCCAGUCGUUGUACAAACUUAACAUCACGGCAAAAGACAACGGCAGGCCUCCUCGAUCCUUGUCCAUUCCAGUGGUCAUUCACGUCCGAGAUUUCAAUGACAACCCUCCUGUAUUUGCUCCCGGAGACAUUUUCAAAUCCAUCCCUGAAAAYCUUCCCAUCGCCGCCUCAGUCAUGACCAUCACGGCACAUGACACGGACGCGGACAUAAACGGACAGCUGGAGUACUCCAUCAUUCAGCAAAUCCCUCGAGGGAACCACUUCAGCAUCGACCCGAGCACGGGGCUCGUGAUCACCAACAAGGAAAUAGACAGAGAGUUCUCCAACCUGUUCGAGUUGACGAUCAAAGCCACCGAUCAGGCCGUUCCCGUUGAGUUUCGCAGGUUUGCAUUGAAAAAUGUCACGAUAUGGGUCACGGACCUGAACGAUAACGUCCCCACUUUUGUGUCCCAGAACGCCCUUGUCGCUGAGCCCAACAUAGUCAUUGGCUCCAUCCUCACAACAGUGAUGGCCUUCGAUCCCGACGACGGGGAGAACGGCGAAGUGGAGUAUGACCUUUUGGCAGGGGACUCGGACACCUUCAUAAUGGACAGGUACAGCGGUGACAUCCGCCUGGCCUCCCAGCUCGUCCCUUCCCGGCUGGUCUACACCCUCACUGUGUCGGCCACCGACCACGGCAUCGACCGCAAGACCUCCAGGACCGAACUCACCAUCAUUCUGGAAGGGAUGGACGGACCCGUUUUCUCUCAGCCCAAAUACAUCACCAUUCUGAAAGAGGGCCAGCCGCCGGGCACCAACGUCAUCUCCCUGGAUGCCUCGAGCCCCAGAGGCUCUACGACCAAAGUGGAGUAUUUCAUUGUGGCGGUACGCAGCGAAGGAAAAGCUGUYGGACGCCUUUUCACCAUCGGUCGCCACACGGGAGUGAUACAGACGGCUGCGGAGCUGGACAGAGAGCAAGGGUCCGACCUCUACCUGGUGGAUGUGUACGCCAUCGAAGUGGAUGCCAGCCAGCCCAGAACGCAGCGUGCCGAGGUGGAGAUCACUCUGCAGGACGUCAACGACAACCCGCCUGUUUUUCCUAACGACAUCCUGGACAUGACCAUCGAGGAGAACGUCGGCGACGGCUUCAAGAUAAUGCAGCUAACAGCCACAGACGCAGACGAGGGUCCUAACGCUCUGGUCACCUACACCAUCCUGAGCGGGGCGGACGACAGCUUCCGCAUCGACCCCGAGUCCGGCGACCUGAUCGCCACCAGGAAGCUGGACCGGGAGCGGCGGUCCAAAUACUCCCUCCUGGUGCGAGCGGACGACGGGAAGCAGUCGUCCGACAUGAGGCUGAACAUCACCGUCAAAGACGUCAACGACCACUCGCCCAAGUUCUCCCGGGCCACGUACUCCUUCGACAUCCCCGAAGACACAGCAGCAGGCUCCAUCGUGGCGGCCGUCCUGGCCAGCGACUCGGACUCUGGGGUGAACGGCGAGGUCACCUACUCGCUGGAGGAGGACGAUGAAGACGGGACCUUCCUCCUGAACUCGGUGACGGGCGUCUUUAACGUGACGCGCCCGCUGGACUACGAGACGCAGCAGUACUACGUCCUCACGGCGAAGGCCCGGGACGGGGGCGGCCUGGCCGGCACUGUCCGGGUCUAUUUCAACGUGCUGGAUGUCAACGACAACCCGCCCGCGUUUGACGCCGCCGUCUACAGCGCGUCGGUGUCGGAGAGUCUGCCGCCCGGGGCCAGCAUCGUCACCGUGGUGGCCAGCGAUGAAGACGAUGGCCCAAAUGCCGAACUUCUCUACAAAAUCACGUCCGGCGAUCCUCACGGCCACUUCCUCAUCUCCAAGGACGGAGUUCUGAAAACCAAGACGGCUCUGGACCGGGAAACCCAGUCCUUCUACAACCUGGUGGUCACGGUCAACGACCUGGCCCCGCCCCCCGCCGCCCGCUUCACCAGCACCGCCCAGGUGUCCGUCAUCCUCCUGGACGUCAACGACUGCCCUCCGACCUUCACCUCCCAGAAGAUGACCUACAUCCAGGAGAACACGCCGGUGGACACGAUCGUGUUCACCGCGCACGCCUCGGAUGCCGACAGUGGACCCAACAGCUACGUGGAGUACUCCCUGCGAGGACCUUUCGGUAACAAGUUCAGCAUCGGAACCAUCGACGGACACGUCAGGCUGGUCGGGGAGCUCGACAGAGAAGAACUCUCCAACUACACCCUGACGGUUGUGGCUACGGAUAAAGGCGAGCCGCCGCUSUCCUCGACCAUGGACGUGGACAUGACGGUGCUGGACGUCAACGACAACACGCCGAGUUUCUCCCAGAACAUCUACGACAUCGAGAUCGAGGAGAACACCUUGACGGGCGCCGACGUCAUCCAGGUGUUCGCCAGCGACGCGGACGACGGCACCAACGGGCAGAUCCGCUUCUCCAUCUCCGGAGGCAACGCCGRCAACGACUUCCGGCUAGACUCGGUCACGGGGAUGAUCUCGGUGGCCAGACAGCUCGACCGUGAGAUGCGGUCGUCCUAUUCGCUGGUCGUCCAGGCGKCGGAUCGAGGAAGCAGCCCCAGAGCGGACCGCGCCACCGUCAACAUCGUUCUGUUGGAUGUCAACGACCGCUCGCCAGAGUUCGAGCUCUCGCCGUACACCRUCAACGUCCAGGAGAACCUGGAGAACCUCCCAAAGAACAUCCUGCAGGUUGUAGCCAGAGAUGACGACCAGGGCGCGAACGGACAGCUGAGCUACAUGCUGAGCGGCGGGAACGAGGAGGGAGCSUUCGCCCUGUCGUCCAGCGGGCAGCUGAGCCUGAUCCGGACUCUGGACCGGGAGGCCCAGGGGAAAUACGUCCUGCUGAUCACAGCCACCGACUCAGCUACAGCCUGAGCGGAGGACACGGACAGUUCUCCAUCAACCCAGCCACCGGACAGAUUAUCACCAGCUCCCUGCUGGACCGAGAGGAUCGGGCCAAUUACCAGCUGCUGGUCGUCGCAACAGAUGGAGGGCAGCCCGAGGGCUUGUCCAGCUCAGCCACGGUGUCCGUGACGGUGGCCGACAUCAACGACAACCCUCCGCGCUUCCACCACCACCCGUAUGUGACGCACAUCCCCGCCUCCACGGCGGCAGGGUCCUUGGUCUUUGCCGUGACCGUCACCGACGAGGACUCUGGUUCCAACGCCCAACUGCACUACUCCCUAAUGGGGCGCAACUCCGAGCGGUUCAGGAUCGACCCUGUGAGAGGCGCCAUCACAGCCAACGAGAGGCUGACCGGGAGCUCAGAGGUUACCCUCACGGUCCAAGUGAAAGACGGCGGAGCCAACCCCAAAACGGACAUGACCACAGUGACCGUACGUUUCGUCACUGGAGGAAACUUCCCUGUCAUCAAACUGAAGGAGCGGGCAUUCACGUUUCCUGAGAACCAACCCAACAACCAUGUUGUCACGGUGGUGACGGGCUCCUCCAGGAGAGGCGGACCAUUGUCAUAUUACAUCGCCAGCGGCAACUUGGAUUACGCCUUUCACAUUGACCAGCUAACAGGAGAGUUGUCCAUCAGGCACCCGCUGGAUUACGAGCACAUUCAGAAGUACGUGCUAUGGAUUGAGGCCAGAGACCAGGGCUUCCCGCCGUAUUCCUCCUACGAGAAAAUAGAAAUAACUCUACUGGAUGUGAACGAUAACCACCCGGUGUUCGACAAGGAUCCCUUUCAUGCCGAGAUACUGGAGAACCUUUCGCCUCAGCGCGUUCUGAUGGUGUCCGCCGUCGACCUGGACAGCGGUGCUAAUGGACAGCUGGAAUACGCCAUCACAGACGGCAACAAGGAGAACAGCUUCAGCAUCAAUCGAGCCACGGGUGAAAUACGGACCACCAGGCCACUAGACCGAGAGAAGGUGGCGAUGUACACUUUGAAAGUGAAAGCCACCGACCGUGGCUCGCCUCCAAAGAACGCAUCAGUCAAAGUCCUCGUCAAUGUGUUGGACCUCAACGACAAUGCUCCCAGGUUUUCUAAGAUAUUCAGUGCCACGGUGGCUGAAAACGCUCCUGUUGGUUACACCGUCACCAGAGUCACAACCACAGACGAGGACGCCGGUUCAAACGCCGUCAGCCGGUAUUCCAUCACGGAUACCAGCCUUCCAUUCAAUAUCAAUGCAAACACGGGAGACAUUACGAUCAGCAGGCCGCUCAACAGGGAAGACACCGACCAUUACAUCGUCAAAGUGACGGCCCACGACUCAGGCUGGACCGUGAGCACCGACGUCACCGUAUUCAUCACAGACGUCAACGAUAACGCUCCCAGAUUUAGUCGUCCGUCUUACUUCUUGGACUACCCUGAGCUCACCGAGGUGGGCUCCCUGGUCACGCGGGUGUCCGCUGCCGAUCCCGACGAGGGCGUCAACGGCAAAAUCUUCUACUUCAUCCGAUCCCAGUCCGAGUACUUCAGAAUCAACGCCAGCACCGGAGAGGUGUUUGUGAAGCAGCAGCUGAAAUACCAGAACUCCACGGGCGCCAGCAGCUUGAACAUAAACCGCCACAGCUUCAUCGUCACUGCCUCGGACCGAGCCGUCAAGCCUUUAAUGAGCGAGACCACGGUCAUCGUGAACAUCGUAGACAGCAACGAUAACCCCCCUCAGUUUGACUCGCCUGGCUAUUUCACCCCGGUCACGAAAAGUGUCAAAGUCGGCACCAGGCUGAUAAGAGUUGUCGCUCAGGACAAACAAGACUUUGGCCUUAAUUCUGAGGUGGAGUACCAAAUAACAGGCGGGAACAGUUCUGGUAAAUUCAAACUGGACAAAACAAGUGGCUGGGUUAGUGUUGCUGCUUCACUCAUAUCUGACAUAAACAAAAUGUUCCUCAUUGACGUUACCGCGAGCGACAGAGGAAAUCCUCCUCUGUCAGCGCAGACCACAGUCAGGAUCGCCGUCACGGAGGAAAACCACCACACGCCUGAGUUCUCACAAAGCCAAAUCACAGCUACUGUACCUGAAAGCCUUGCUGUAGGAACAGCAAUAAGGACUCUGUCYGCCAGAGACAAGGAUAAAGAAAUGAACGGCCUCAUCACCUAUAACAUCACUUCAGGCAACGACAAAGGUUUGUUUGCAUUAAACAGCAAAACUGGAGUUUUAUCUUUAGCUCAGCUGCUGGACUUUGAAGAGAAGCAGCAACACGAGCUCAGAGUUUCUGCCACAGACGGCGGCUGGAUCGCAAAAACCAGCUACGUCUCCGUCACCAUCCACGUGACCGACGUGAACGACAACUCUCCCGUCUUUGAUCCCGAGGAGUACUUCCCUGUCGUGCAGGAGAACGUUCCCAGUGGCACGACCGUGCUCAAAAUGAGCGCCACGGAUCGCGACUCAGGAGCCAAUGCCGUCAUGGCCUACGUGAUCCAGUCCUCCGACAGCGACCUCUUCGUUAUCGACCCCAACACCGGCACCGUCACCACCCAGGGGUUCCUGGACUACGAAGCAAAGCAGGUCUACCACCUAACGGUGAAGGCCUUCAACGUCCCGGACGAGGAGCGCUGCAGCUUCGCCAACAUCAACAUCCAGCUGAAGGGAGCCAAUGAGUACGUUCCCCGCUUUGUGUCCAAGCAGUACUACUUUGAGAUCUCUGAAGCUGCUCCAAAAGGUACAGUUGUCGGGGAAGUAUUCGCCAGCGAUCGAGACCAGGGAGAGGACGGAGUCGUCCACUACCUCAUCUUUGGAACGAGCAGAAAGAAAGGCUUCGGCAUCAACCGGAGAACCGGUCAGAUUUAUGUUACAGGAACUCUUGAUCGUGAGAAAGAGGAAAAGAUCUCCCUGAAAGUUUUGGCCAAGAACGCAGGAAGCAUCCGUGGGGCAGAUAUCGAUGAGGUGUAUGUGAAUAUCACCGUCCUCGACGCCAACGACCCACCCGUUUUCACCCAGGACCUGUACGACGUGCAGGUCAGCGAAGGUCUGUCGCCUGGCAGCCUUGUCACCUUCGUGAGCGCUGAGGACUCGGACUCUGUCCCCAGCUGGAGCAGGUUUUCUUACUCCAUCGCUCCUGAAUUCGACAAAAAUGUUUUCACGAUAAAUGCCAAAACGGGCCAGCUGUCCGUGGCCGCGGAGCUGGACCGUGAGACGACUCCAAUGUACAAUCUGACCAUUCUGGCCGUAGACACCGGCUCCCCUCCCGCCACUGGAAGCACCACCGUCAUCGUAAACUUAGAAGACAUCAACGAUAAUGGCCCGACCUUGACAACUACGUAUGCAGAGGUAAUGGAGAACCAGAGAGCCGGAUCUACAGUUACAACCCUGACAGCCUCCGACCCGGAUUUACCCCCCAACCAAGGCCCGUUUCUGUACAGCCUCCUGAGUUCUGGCUCUGCCAACAGCUACUUCAGCCUCAGUUCAGCCGGGGCAUUAACCACCAGCCGGGAGAUAGAUAGAGAACAGAUUAGCGACUUCUACCUCUACGUUGUGAUUAAGGACUCCGGCGUGCCUCAGAUGUCCUCCACAGGAACCGUUCACGUCAAAGUAAACGACCAGAACGACAACCCCUCGGAGCCGCGGUCCAUGGAAAUACUGGUGCACUACUUCGGCAACACGUUUCCUGGAGGCUCAUUAGGAGAUGUCAAACCUCAAGACCCUGACAUCCACGACCGGUUCCACUGCUCCCUGAUCCCGCCCUCGUCCGGUCUGUUUACCAUCCCGACCGGAACCUGCAACCUCAGCUCCAAGCCCCGGUCGGCGGACGGAACGUUCGAGCUGACGGUCCGCAGCAGCGACGGCCUCCACGGUUCAGUCAGCAACACGGCCAGAGUUGUUUUCAUGGGCUUCAACAACGCCACCGUGGACAACAGCAUCCUCAUCCGGAUCCACUCUGACGGGGUGCGAAGCUUCCUCACCAACCACUACCUCAGCUUCCUGCGCAUCGCCAACUCUCAGCUGGCGGGGCUCGGGACCGGGGUGCUGCUGUACGGCGCGUUCGAGCUCAACAACCAGACAUUCCUGAUGGCGGCCGUGAAGCGGGGCCAUGGGCAGUAUGUGAGCCCCAGCGGCGUGGCCACAUUCUUCCAGAGCAUCAAAGACGUCCUGCACAGACAGAGCGGCGUGCAAAUAGACGCCGUGGACUACGACCCCUGCGUGCGUAGCCCCUGCCAGAACGGCGGCAGCUGCAAGCGGCGCCUCACCGUCGGCCUUGACAUGAAGACGGAGGAGAGCGUCCCCGUGAUCCUCGUCUCCAACCACCCGCUGCAGCCGUACGCCUGCAGCUGCAGGCCGGGCUACGCCGGGGCGCUGUGCGAGACCGACGUGGACGAGUGCCUUCCAUCGCCCUGCCACAACGCCGGCACCUGCCACAACCUGGUGGGCGGGUUCUCCUGCACCUGUCCCGAGGGCUUCACCGGGAUGGCCUGCGAGAGGGACGUCAACGAGUGCCUCUCCAACCCCUGCAAGAAUGGGGCGCUGUGCCAGAACUUCCCCGGCGGCUUCAACUGUCUCUGCAAAUCUGGAUUUACAGGCAGAACCUGUGACUCCAUCAUCAAUCACUGUGAGUGUAACCCCUGUUUUAACGGAGGGUCGUGUCAGAACCGGAUGGAUGGAUAUUUCUGUCACUGUCCGUUCGGGGUUUUCGGCAAACACUGUGAACUCAACAGCUACGGCUUCGAGGAGCUCUCCUACAUGGAGUUUCCCUCCCUGGACCCCAACAACAACUACAUCUACAUCAAGUUCGCCACCCUGCAGAGCGACGCGCUGCUCAUGUACAACCACGACAACCAGACCGGAGACAAGGCCGAGUUCCUGGCUCUGGAGAUCAUCGAGGGGCGGCUGCGCUUCUCCUUCAACCUGGGCGGCGGCACCUACAAACUGAUGACCGCCAUCAAGGUUUCUGAUGGACAUUUUCACACCGUCAUCGCCAGGAGGGCCGGGAUGGCGGCCUCGCUGACCGUGGACCUGUGUGGGGACGACCAGGAGCCGGGUCACUGUGCUGUGAGCAACGUGGCGGUCCACACCGACUGGAUUCUGGACGUGCAGCCCAACCGGCUCUCCGUGGGAGGGGUCCGGUCCGUAGAACCCGUCCUGCACCGGCGCGGGCAGAUCGCCACGCACGACUUCGUGGGCUGCAUCAUGGAGCUCGCCGUCAACGGGCGCCCGCUGGAGCCCAGCCAGGCGCUGGCGUCCCGCGGGGUUCUGGACAGAUGUCCGAGACUGGAGGGAGCCUGCAGCAGCGGUACCCCCUGCAGACACGGCGGAACCUGUUUGGACCGCUGGUCCUGGCAGCAGUGUCGGUGUGUGGACGGCUUCACCGGGAGGUUCUGUGAGAAAUACACUUCGGCGGACACGGCCCUCUCUCUGGACGGAACCGGACGCCUCGACUACUUCCUGAAGGAGGGUCCUAAACGAGACGCGCUGCUGAGGCGGUCGCUGCAGGGCGUGGCGUCGGGUGUGGUCGGACCCAGCAGCCUGGAGGUCAAGUUCAGGACGCGCAGCAAGAGCGGCACUCUGCUGCACAUUCAGGAGAGCAGCAACUACACCACUGUGAAGCUGAGGAACGGAAACAUCCACUACAUCUCAGACGCCGGCGUCGGAGGGAAGGUGGAGCGCACGCUGGGAGACGCCGUCAUGUCCGACGGCCAGUGGCACACGCUUCAGCUGGUCAAAAACGGGUCRUCCACGUUGCUCCAGGUGGACGACAGUCUGUCCCGGGUGGUCCAACACGCCACGCAGGACUUCGGAGGCCUCGGCGUUCUGACCUUAUCGCUGGGGGGGAUCCCACCCGGACCCGCUCAGCAGAAAACUGGAGCCGGUUUCGACGGCUGCUUGGCGUACGUGAAGUACAACGGGGAGAGCCUGCCUUUCUCCGGGGAGCAUGACCGCGUCACCCUAACCAAAACCAGUUCUUCUGUAAAGAUCGGCUGCAGGGGGCCGAACCUGUGCGAGAGCGGCCCGUGUCGGAACGGCCUGAUGUGCGUCAACCAGUGGUAUACGUAUCAGUGCGUCCCGCCUGGCGACUGCGCCUCCAGUCCCUGCCAGAACCACGGCAGCUGUGUYCCGGACCCCCACUCCGGCUUCACCUGCGUUUGCUCAGAGUUGCACACAGGGAAGACCUGCGAGACCCUGGUGGCUUGCCUGGGGGUGCAGUGUCCGCAGGGUACCGUUUGCAACACGGCRAACGACGGCGGGUUCGUCUGCAGCCCCGGCCCCACGGCGGAUACUAUGGUCCUACCCAUAUGGGCCGUGCCGGCCAUCGUGGGCAGCUGCGCCACGGUCCUAGCCCUGGUGGUGCUCGGCCUGAUCCUGUGCAACCACUGCAAGGACCGCAACAAGACCAAAGUGCCAAAGGAACCCAAGGAGAAGAAACCCAAGGAGAAGAAGAAGAAGAAGAAAAAGAAGAAGGGCAGCGAGAACGUAGCCUUCGACGACCCGGACAACAUCCCGCCUUACGGAGAUGACAUGACGGUACGCAAACAACCCGAAGGAAACCCGAAGCCGGACAUCAUCGAGCGAGAGAACCCUUACCUGAUUUACGACGAAACAGACAUUCCUCACAACAACGAGACCGUACCCAGUGCUCCCUGCGCCCCCUGCAACGGGCCCGAGGCAGACAUCGAACAUUACGACAUCGACAACGCCAGCAGCAUCGCCCCGUCGGACGCCGACAUCAUCCAGCACUACAAGCAGUUCCGCAGCCACACUCCGAAGUUCUCCAUCCAGAGACACAGUCCGCUGGGCUUUGCCAGGCAGUCUCCUCUACCUCUGGGAGCCACAAGCUACACCUACCAGCCUCAGUACACCCAGGCCCUGAGGUCUACCCCACUCAGCCACUCCCACUCAGUCUGCCCCACCCCGAACCCCCUCUCCAGACAUUCCCCGGCCCCGUUCACCAAACCCUCCUCGUUCUACCGCAACACCCCCACCAGGGAACUCAACCUGGCCCGCCGGGAAGGAAGCCCACUGGACAUGCACAAUGACAYGUGCCAACCGCCGCCCAUGUUCAACUACGCCACCCGGCUGGGGCGGCGCAGCAAGAGCCCCCAGACGAUGGCCGGCCACGGCCACGGYUCGCGGCCGGGUAGCCGGCUGAAGCAGCCGGUGGAGCAGAUCCCCCUGGAGACAGGGCCUCCGGUGGGGCUGUCCAUCGAGGAGGUGGAGCGGCUCAACACGCCACGCCCACGCAACCCCAGCAUCUGCAGYGCCGACCACGGCCGGUCCAGUUCGGAGGAGGACUGCCGCAGGCCGCUGUCGAGGGUCCGCAACCCGGCCGACGGCAUCCCYGCCCCGGAGUCGUCCUCGGAGAGCGACUCGCACGACUCCUUCACCUGCUCGGAGAUGGAGUACGACCGGGACAAGCCGGUCUCCUACAGCUCCCGGGUCCCCAAGCUCUCUCAAGUCAACGAGUCCGACGCCGACGACGAGGACUACGGCGGGAGGCUGAAGCAGAGGCGAUACUCGGGUCGGCGGGCGGAAGGAGGGCCCGGCCCGAUGCCUCCCGUCGAGCAGCACUACACCCUGCCCCACAAACUGGGCCAACAAGCCGGGGGCUUCAACUGGGACAAUCUUUUGAACUGGGGCCCCGGCUUCGGACAGUACGUAGACGUGUUCAAGGACUUAGCCUCUCUACCCGAGAACUCGGCAGCAAAUGACAUUGAGAUGAACAGCGGGGACGGCUCGGUGACUAUCCUGAAUGAAGGAGAGGCGGAGCAAUAUGUAUGAGACUAUUUAUUACCACGUUGUAGAAUUUUAUGUCAUUCUCCAGUUUAAAAAAAAGGAAAACUGUAUAUUUUGAAACUUUGGACUUUAUGCUUUUGUGAGUGCUCAACAAAAAAGACGACUUUCAGUGCAGUAAGGCAGAAACGAUUGCACCUGUAGCUCGACGGACCUCAGCUUCGCCACCUUGGAUUGGUUUACUUGAAUCAUCUUUCAGUGGAUCCACGAUUGGGUCUAAAGUGAAGACAGAUGAUACCCGGGCUCGUCCUGAAAAAUCCCAAUAAUCCAGGUAGAAAAAUCGAACAAGGUUGAGUGAUUGGACUCGUCUUCUUUGGUGAAUCUCCUCAGACUGAAGGUCUUUUGGUUCUCGUAUCAUUUCACCAAACUUGACAGCAUCCUGACUCAACCUUGUUGGGUAUCUCGUCUUUUCAUUGGUCGAGGUCCAACCGAAUAAUGCGAUCCUUUCCUGUCCGCCUCCGUCCUCAAAGACUGGCUGAARAGACGGGAUCAGGUCUGCUGCCUUACAGACAUUCGAGGAAACACGAGACCACUUUUACUCCUCUUCUUCCCGAAACUAGGAGAAAAGAUUUGUUGUCAUUUGGGGGAUUUGGGGGGUAGUUUUUGUUAACAUUCUCUCACCAGCCAAUCGUUAACAUGAAGAUAAUCCUGUAAACAUGACCCCGACUAAAACUACAUUGUUUCUUUGUUUUUGUGUACAUUUUUUUGGUCAGCGUGUUUGUUAUAUUGACAUGUAUGGUUUUUACGUUUUUGUACUGUUUAUUAACUUAAAAGUACGUAAGCGCGGUGUUUUUAUGGAUAUUUUCAUACGCUGAAAUAUGUGUUCUUACUUUCGGUGAAGGUGAGAUCGACGAACUAUUUUUUACAUUUGUUACACACGUAACAUCAGUAUUUUCCACUUUUGAUAACUAUAACAUGCUGUAUGCUUUGUACCUGUAAAAUGCCAAUAACAGAAUAAAAAAGGUAUUUAUUUAA